AUGAGCUUUCAGCUGGAGCAGAAACCUUUCUUACCAGUGAAUCCUCCGGAAGUAGCGAGAGAUAUGACUGAAGAAAGUGUCAGCAGACAGAUUGGUGCCCCGGUCCAUACAUACCUCUAUUUCAUCAUUGCUUCUUUAACCAUCUGUCUUCUUGCCACUCUGGGAACUAUUCUAGUCUUAGUGCUUCAGCAAACGGGAUCAACUGCACAGUGUGGCAGACGGAGCGCAGAGGUGGAGGGCAAGCAGGCCAUCAAAAGAGAGUCGGAAGAGGCCUUGAAGUUCGAGGAGAGCCCAACAGCACCUAAGAAAGCAGCUGCGUAUCUUCAAGUGUUGACUCCAGUCAACCAAUCACAACUAAAGUGGAUGAGGGACAGCAUUCUGUACAAUAUGAAGUACAAUGAUGGAAACUUAGUCAUCCAGAUCCCGGGAAUGUACUUCGUCUAUUGUCAUUUGUACUUUUACGUUGCCCAGUGUGAAAGCGAUGAGAUGGACGUAAAGGUCAAACUUCUUCACGGCAAGAAGAUCUUGAAGGAAUCGGUGGUCACUUUAUGCAGUUCUCAGCAGAAGAGUGGAGGAUUGACUCAUGACCGCUUUCUGGGGCUUCUGGUGCAUCUGGAGAAGGGGGACCAGAUAUCAGUGGAAAUCGACCCAUUCAACCAUUUGGAAACAAAUAUCUUCCCCAAAAACAAUGUUUUAGGGGCCUUCAGAUAUGAUGGGGAGGACUGGGGCUGCUCCUUCCUUAAGGCGGUGAAUGGAUAGUUCCUGUAGCAAAAAUAACAACAAGAACUUGCCGUUUCUUUGUGCCACUUGAAGGCCUGAAGAUCAGUCCAUCGCCCUUGCCAUCUUCACAGAACUGCUUUGCGUUCAGCAAACUUCACGCCGAAAUUUUGCAGCAGACACAAGUGGUAAAAGAAAAAGACUACAUUGGCAUAGGACAGAAAGUGCAUUAUUUAUUA